AUGAAAAAGCGUUUAUCGAAUGAUGUAACAUCAGCCUUAUAUCGAGAUGAUCAGAUGUUGAAUAAUGUGAGUAUUUUAUUGAUAUUGAAUAAUGAGAGACAAAAAGAAUAUGCUCUCUUUUUUCAGCAUUAUGGUCAGAAUGGUAUAAUAAAUGGAUCAGUAUAUUCGAAUGGUUAUCGUAAUACACCGCCCCCAAUGCAACAACAGCAAAUUCAUGAAGUUCCCGUUAUGAAUUAUUAUUCAACUGAAGCUGGUCUUGGUAUCGGUAGUGAUCGAGAAAUACAACCAUCUCCAAUGUCUUCAAUUAACACACAAAAUGAUGGUCAUCGCCCUGCUCCGCCGCAGAUGGCUGCUUGGUUUGAUACAGACUUAUAA